AUGAACAACAUAUACGAUUUUACAAGCAAUUCACACCCUCUCACUCAAGGAAAAAAUCUGAGGACUAGUUUGAAAGGGACUUCAAUAGAAAUUAAUAUUCGUUUCUCCACCUGCCGAACUCUUAAAAAUUUUGACCUUGGAACUGCCUGCUCACUGACGUUGAUUUCAAGAGACUAUCGGAUACAAGACUUUGCCAAUCAGCUUCUGUAG